AUGGUCGCCAAGAAAUUGGUCGAAUCUAUCAUCGGAUCCGAGAUCACUCCUAUUGGAGAGGAUUGCACAAAAGCGUAUAACGAUAUGUGGGAGAAUGUGUCGAAUGCAAAACAGUCAAAGGACGACCUUGGAUCCACGGUGAAUCACCAGGUAACCUUCAGGUACCAUACCCGUUCGAGUUCAUCGCUAUGGAUCACAUACCCUCGUUACCAUAAUCUUUCAAUGGCAACACAGAACUAUCUAUUCUUUGGAUAUGUAAUUGCCAAGUCCUGCGCCUCUAGAUCUACACAAACAAUCGCCGAGACUUACGAAGAAUGCGUUUUCCGCCGAUUUGAACCAGGUUUCGUGUCUGAUUUCUUCAAGUCUUUCAACAAGAUCUUGUGCCAACGCCAACGUGCUACUAUGUCUUAUCAACCUCAAGCCAAUGGAUUCGCAGAAAGGAUGGACCAGACAACCACCAGAGCUCUUAAGAUGUAUGUGCAGGAUCUGGAUCAACGUGAUUGGGAAAUCUAUGUUGAGUGGCUCACCUUUGCGAUCAAUCCUUCAAGAGAUCGGAUCCAAGGUGAAACCCCUUUCUACAUGAUACAUCGCUGGGAUUCUAGAUCUACUCUGGAAGCGGUGAUCCCGGUGGGGAUCGCCAGCAUGAUCUCGAUCCAAGAAGGUGACGAUAUCAUACGCAAAAGUAUUACCAACAGUCCCGAGAACACGUCAACCAACGUUUACGCAUAG